CCGCGAACGCGCGUAGUUUUCGCGCCGCUCAGCCGGACCGAAUCAACCACCGUUAACGUCCUAAAUGAAAAUCUAAUGGAUGCUAGAGGUACUCCAUGCAUGUUUGUAAUAUAGUGUGAACUGUGCAGUGUUGUGUCGUGUUCAUGUUGAUAUGGAGGAAGUUCGCAUAUCGGAUUGGCCCGAACCGCCGGGCUCUCAUGCAUGGUUGCCCGCUUACGGCUUUCAGCAUGAAAUAAUGGAUAAAGACGAUUAUUUUGGCACGAAUGGUGACAAUGGCAGCACACACGCACUUUAUCUCGAAACGAUAGUCGAAGAGACCAGCGAUGAUCUGCGCUCCGAGAGAUCGUCUGCUGCCACAUGGCUGUCUGACUCCGAUGCCGACUCCGUCAUCCAUGUGCGAGGCACGGCAGGAUCGGAGUGCGACAGCGAGUCGGAGCGCGAGUGGGCCUGCCCCGCCAAGCGCCGGCGGCGGGAGCGCGCCUCCUCGCCCACCAGCUCGGCCUCGCUCUCGCGCACCUCGAGCCUGGCCCAGUUCGAGUCCCUGGAGCGCUCGUGCGCCGCCCCCGCCUCGCCCAGCCUGUCCCCGGACUCGCUGGAGUCGCCGCCGCCCUCGCCGCCGGCCGCGCGCCCCGCGCCCCGCGCCCACCUCUCCGCCGAGAACCUCAGCGAGGACAGCGGCUACAGCGAGCGCGCGCGCCGCCCGCCACCGCCCGCGCGCCGCGCCCAACCCGAAAUAGCGCACGGGCCGGCCGGCAGCGUGCCCUGCCUCGCCGCCUCGCCAGCCGCCGCGCGCCGUCACCCGCCCGCGCGCGCCACCUCGCUGCCCGCCGACCUCGACGUGUGCUCCGAGCCGCGCCCCGCCGCCGCGCACGCCGCGCGUUUCCGACAGACCUUCGAGGUCGGCGACGACCUCACCGUCAGCGUGGCGGACCUCACCGCGCUCGACUACCGCGGGGGCCCGCGCCGGCCGCGUCCGACGCCGCCCCCGCGUCCCGCGCACCGCCCGCCACCGCCCCCCGCGCCCGCGCCGCCGCCCCCGCUCGCCCGCGAGCCCAGCGCCGGCAGCGACUCCACCACCGAGUCCGAGCGCGCCUUCGCCCGCGAGAUGGAGGCGACGGCGCGCCGCCUCGACGACGACGCGCGGCGAGCGCUACGCGACGCCGGCGCCGGCGCCUACGAGCGCGAGCUGUCCGUCCUGACGGCGCGACGCCUGCGCGACUCGUGGGGCGCUUGGGACGACGUGCUGGACGAGCUGCGCCGCCGCAUGGAGCCGUCCUCCACCUCGCCCUCCCCGCCGCGCUCCCCGUCGCCCGACCCCGUGCGCACUCCCGCCUUCGCCUCGACACCCGUGCGCGCCAACGACGCGCGCGUGCGCUCCACGCCCGAGCUGCGCGCGCGCGCCACCCCUCCGCGGGAGACGCCGGAGGAGCUGCGUGCGUCGCUGCAGCUGGUGGCGCCGGCGCCGCCCGACUCGGCGCCGCCGGGCCGCUCCGUGUCCGCCGGCUCGAAGGGCGUGACGUUCUCGCCGGUCGUGGCUGAGGUCAGCUGGCGCGAGAGCAGCUCCAGCGUGGAGUCGAGCGCGAGCUCGAGCGCGAGCGUGGACGUCGCGGACGCGGAGGUGGAGGAGGUGGGGGCGGGGACGGAGGCGCGCGCGCCGCCGCGUUCACUCCACUCCGCGGCCAUGACGGAGGCGCGCGCGCCGCGCGGCCGCAUCGCCGGCUUCCUUUCGCGGUUCGCGAACUUCCGAUUCUCGGGGCGCAAGGAGAAGAAAUCCCGGGGCGCAGGCGCGUCGGCGCGGGGCGCCGGGGGUGCAGGGGGUGUGCCGGCGACGGCAGACGGCGGCGGGACGGCGCGCGCGGCUUACGUGCGCAUCCCGCUGAAGGAGGAGGGCGUGUCAGCGGUGGCGGCGGCCCCGGGGGCGGGCGGCGUGGCGCACCGGCCGCCGCGCCCGCCCGCCGCGCCGCCCGGCGUGCUGGAGACGGACGUGGACACGCAGCGCACGGUGCUGCACCGCUCGCUGCUGGCGCUGGCGCCGCCCCAGCCGCCCCCGCCGCCCGCGCCGCGGCCCCACAAGUCCAUGGAGUUCCUCCUCGACAAGGACAGCGCGCAGGCCAUCAAGCCACCGGAAAACGAACUGCAAAAGAAUUCAGACCGAGUGCUCUCGGAGCACGAGCUGAGAGUGCAGAGGUCACUGCAGAAGCUUAAUGUACCUGAAUGGUACAAGAACGCACCGGCUCCCCGGGAAGGUUUCCUGCUGCGGAAGCGGCUGUCUGAUGCGUCCUCCACGCGCUGGACCGGCCUCAACUCCAAGACCACGUCGCUGGGCAGCCUGGGCGCUGCCCCUCCGCCCCCGCAGCUGUCACCACAUACUACCAGCUUUGGACGGUGGUCGACUAGCAGACUCAAUUCAAGCCAGACAUCCCCCUGCUCGUCAACUCGCAGCAGCCUGCGCGGCGCCAGCCCGCUGUGCUCGCCGUCAGCUCGGUCGUCGUUCAGCGCGCGCCAGCCAUACCUCGGCUGGCGGUCGCAGGAGCGCCUCAACACACCCCGCACGCCGCAUGAGAGGUUAGCGUCCUCCCUGCUCCAACAGACGGCCAACGCGAAGGCCGCCGAGGAGAUACAGUCGUCUAUCAAGGAGGUGACGUCAGCGAUAGUCCACUACGUGUCGGGGUUGGAGCCAGCCAACGGCGACGACAGGCAGCCCUCGCCGCGCUCGAGCCAGAAGCUGUAUUGGCUGGAGAGUUCUUUUGUUGGUACAAAGCCCCUGGAGUCUCCGCGCACGCCGCUCGUGACGGACCUGCCCCCGCCGCACCCGCGCCCCCCCUCCUCGCUGCGGCUCGAGCACCGCGCCGCGCCCGACUGGCAAGACUCUCAGCGUUCGUUGAAUCUGGGUGUAACGAGGCCUUCUCCUGGGUCCACCACGUUGGAGGAUGUUCUCGACUCCCUCCUCGGCCUACCUUCGCAACCAGCGAGAAUUCCCACCCCACAACCCAGUCCAAGAAAAUCUGCGAGUCCUUAUUUUCUUAUGGGUGGAAAGAGUCCGCGCUACGAGCAACUAGCGAGCAGCGGACACAGUAGCAUUUCCCCGGCGUCCCGCUAUAUCGGGACCCCUAGCGACGUGCCAAGCUCCUUCACUGACCCGAGUCCCGAUCCCGAACGAGCAGGCAAGGAUUCAGUUGAUACACCAACGACGAUGCAAGAAUCUAGGCGUUCGAAGUCGGCGCAAGGUGAACGUGGGAGAAGAAGAAGCGAGCCCUUUGCCCAUAAAACGGUUUCGCUGGAUCGCAGAACUAGUUUGGAUGCUGCAACACUUCGUUCUGAAAGUACGCUAACCAGACACGAGUCCCGAGCGUCCCUUUUUUCUUUACAAACUGAAAAUAGUGUUGACGAUGCUUUUGUUAAGUGUAAAUACCCUAAGUGUCCCUCACGUGCCCCACCCUCAGAUGCGAAAAGGCAUUACAAGACAUGUCAUAAUUGCACAACGAUGUACUGCUCAAAAGAAUGUAGAAGAGCACACUGGGAGAAACAUAGGAAAGUUUGUUUACACUCCAGAGCUAGUACAUUAUGUAGACAAAUUAUAUCAGCUGCAAAGGAAGACGCCGAUUCCUUACAUCAAAUUAGCACAAUAGCUCAUAAGGGGUAUUUAGCACAAGGCAGAGGUGUCGUCAAAAUUUACUUUACUAGUCCAGAAGCAGCUGAAAAAUUUACGAUGCACGGCUACCAGUAUUUAAGCGAGCCUGAGUUUGUGAAAUGGACAGCGCUUCAGCCAAACGAAAUGGGUGUAGAGUUAUAUACAGAAGUAGUAAAAUUAUGUAAGGCAUAUAAUCCAGAAUCUAGAGUUAUUUUAUACGUUGCCGUGUGUAUAAUCAGCGAAGUCCCGACGAAAGGCGCGGUCAAAUGGGAAAGGCAAAUGGUAUCGAGGUGUGCGAAAUUACGUCUCAGUAAAACGGUCACAGCUGCGAUACACGAACAGAACAGAAAACGCUGUAGACGCGACAGUAAAGGUUCGAUAGAGGACAGGGAAACUUUAAUCCUAACCUCCAAAUUAAUAAGCGCGGGAGAGAAGAAUGCAGCGACAGCGCACAAGUUUCGAGAGAUAUGCUUUAGGAAUAUUAUAAAUGAAUUAGAAAACCGAGGAGUGGUUCUGAAGAAGCACUUUCCCGAGGUAUAUUCGCGGCUAGGAGCAUACGUCGAUGGCACUAGUGAUAAAUUCAUUCCAAUGACAAUAUAUCCUAGAGACGCUACUAGUGGUAAAUCAUUCGUGUGUGUGAUUAUGCCGGACAGUGACUUGGACAGUGCCUCUCCAGUUGACGGUAAAGUCAUCACCGUGAACGUUGGAGUCGACCAGUCAAGGCACCAACUGUCGACACCAAUGUGAGAUUCUGUAUUUGUAUCAGUGUCUGUUCUAUGCUUAAUAUCCUGUUGUUAGUAUUCUAUGGACUAGGUAUCAAAAUCUUGUCAUUAUAUUAUAAUACUAAGGGAGUGUCCGCAAUGAAAAUUUUAAUCGCGUUGAUUUUUUUUCGCUCUUCUGUAACACAUUGAAUCUUAUGAGAAUACCCGCACUUGCGAUAAAAAAUUUGCGGUAAAUUUAUAUGAAUAAAUAAGGUCGAACAAAAUCCGUGCGAUUAAUAUUCGCAGUCCGGACACUUCCUAACUAUGAAUCCUAUAUUGGUGUAGUCAAUAAUUGUUUUCGACAUAAUUUAAUGGCUUUCUUUGUCGAUCAUAUCUUUGAAAUUUGUAUUGCAUACAUGUAAAAAAUAUAAAAAGCAAGUACAGAAAGAAAGUUGAUGUUUUUAAAUAUACCUUCUCGUGUGUUUGAGGAGCAACAUUUCUAUAAUAAUAAAUGAGUUGGUUAAAAACUAUACACAGAAAACAGACUAUUCUUCUAAUGGAGAUUAAAAAAAUAGAAUUACAAAAUGAAAGUACAUAAUUAUAUCAAUAAUAAUGAACUUACUAUGAACCUGUACUUAAAUUCCGUGUUGAUAUUUAAAGCUUCCAAAUCGAUUAAAGACGGUCACUUUAAAACUAGUAGUUAAUCAGUGCUAAUUUUUUAGACCUAACUUUCAUUCUUAGAACAAACUUUGAUAACAUUUAAAUCUUUGAAUCUCUCAACUUUUUUAAUAAAAUAUACCUAUUUAAUGGCA